AGAGCGCACGCGUUCUCAACUUUAGUUCUUUGCGAGUGGCCAACGAGUUCGGUUCGUUGCGUGGCCUCCAGUCGGAGUAUUCAGUUUGAGUUCAAGAAAACAAAAAACGGGAAAGUGACAGCUGAAACAAAAAAAAAUAAAAAAAAAAAAGUGGAAAAGAACACAAGAGAAGUGAGCGUAUCUCUCUCAAUUCAACUUAUACUGCAUAUAAAGUGUGCGUGUGUGUGUUAGCCGGGUUUUUGGCCAGUCUAUCGUUUCGAACGGUCCGAGCGAGCAAGGAGCGACAAGCCAAUCAAUCACUUAUUCAACAUGGCCAUUGCUGAGAGCCAUCUAUUCGGCAGCUGCAAAGCUGUUCCAGGCAGAUGCUAUAACAGGAACAAGCCACAUGCCCCCCUCACACAUGCGCCGUUGCUCUAUAUGAUGCUGGCUGCGAUGCUGACUUCGUGCUUGGCACUCACUUCCGAGUCAACAACCCCGUCGUUAUUGGACUUGGCAGAGGCCACCACACUAAUUCCACCACAGCAGCCAGCUAAUGAAGCCAACUUAUUAACAGCAAUCGCCGUUGUGAAUGAGACGAACAUUGAAAUCAAAGCUGAGAAAACUAUUGCUGCUGAAGUUGUCGAUGAGUUUGAACCGCUCGUGGGAUUGGAGCAGGGUAUACGCAAUGCGGUGAAGAGCGAGGUUGAGUCGGAAAUUGAGGCAGACUCAGUUCGGUUGGAGACACUGCAGGUGGAGCAGCAGGAAACUGAGGAGAAACCAGCAAACACCAAUGAUGAGCAAAAAGAUGCAGCUAAAGGUGUGCGUGAGCCGAAAACUCUGGAGGCGAAUGAUGAAUCUCAGCCUGAGGAGCCUGUGAACGCUGAGGUGACUGAGAAUGCUGCGGAGAACGAGAAGGCUGAGGAGACUGAGAAGGCAGAAGACAGUGAGAAGGCUGAAGAGACUGAGAAGACAGAGGAGAGUGAGCAGCCUGAGGAGACUGAAACGGCUGAAAAGGUUAAAGAGCCUGUGGAGAUUCAGCAGUCUGAAGAGCCAUCAGUGGCUGAAAAGUCAACCGACGCAGUUACGAACAACGAAUCCGAGCCAAGCACAGCCAAUGAAAGCUCAGCGGUGGCUAGCGAGCAGGUUGUGGAAAUUGAAAGCAGACCACUGCCAACUGUAACCAGCGAUCUGGUCGCUGUCAUUUUUGAUGAGAAUCGUGCGAUUACAGAGCAACCCAUAACGAAAACCAAUCUGUUGGCUUUGGAACAAGAACAUGAGCAAUUCCAAGAGGCAGAGACAACACCACAACCCACACACGAGGUGAGCAGGCAUCAGGUGACCAAGAAGCAGGGCGUUGAGGAUCUACUACCCAUCUAUGUGCAAAAGGAGUAUACAGCGGAACCAACAUCAGUUCAAGUUCAUCUGAAUGAAAUCGAUGAAAACGUCAUUGAAAGCGAGCAAAAUGAAAGCGAGAUACAGGCCGCAACUUCAUCUACCACACAACCAGAUCAUGUGGAAUCAACGGAGGCAGCUGUAAGUGCUGUUCAGCCAGCGGAGGAAGCUGUUGUCGAGGGUAGCGAACCAGUUCUAACAGCCGCAUCAGAGACGCCAGAAGAAUCUUUGACGCCCACAGAAGUUUACACUGAGCAAUCAGAAGAAACCGAAGUGGAAGCUGAGCCUGUGGAACCAAUUGCACCAGCAGUGGAAGCAAUAACUCCAAAGUCCAGCUCAUCAGCUUCUCCAGUCGAGCCUGCCGCUGACAAAAGUGAUGAAUCCAUCGAAGAUGACAGCAAAGAAGAGAGCGAUGUUGCUAACGGCAACUCAGAAAAUCAAACGGAACAAUCUGCUGUGGAGCAAGCUGAAAAGGACUCAUCUGAGGAAUCUGAUGAAUUGUCAGCGGAUGAGCCAAAGGCCAGAGCUGAGGACAGUACUGCAACGCCACUGGUCUCCUAUCCACCACACAAUUCGGGGCAAACCUUCGACAGUAAUCUGGCCGAUGAGCGCAGUGCUCAUCUCUCACUGGCGUCCACAAACCGUUCGACGUUGAUCGUUGCCCUUUGCUCGGGAACUGCGGUGAUAUUCAUUGUGAUUUCAUUGGUCAUCUUUGUAUUGUCAUUCCAACGCCAACGCGGUACUUUGGACAUUGAAAUGCAGGAGCAACGUCUGGGCAAGGAUGAUCUGGAUCAGGAGGAUGCACAAAUGAAGCUGCUCGAUGUGGAGCUAACGGCGCCCGUGAUUAUCGCCAUGGGCAACGAGGAGACCGAUGAAUGUCUUUAGAUCUUCCAAUAUCAAACUGAUUUUGGUACAUUGUAAAUAUUUUAUAUUUUUGAGAUUGAGUUUAUCUUAGUAAAGCAGCAUCGAAUUCUUGAGCUUGCUCCUCCAACUGGUUGUUACAUUUUUGGCUCCAAAUAUCAUGACUUGCAAAAAGCUGUAGAUGCGAAAAAGACGAGAAACGAAAACAGACACAGAAAAACGAACAAAAAACAUUUGCCAUAUUGCUUAAUUUUAGCUGCACUUUAUUCUAUAAGUUCUUCUCUGUUCAAGAAAACACAAAAAUUAUUUAUCUUUAGGAUUUUGAUUUAGAUUUAAGCACACUUUUAUUGAGUCUCUGACGAAAACUCAGAAUAAAUAUUUUCGAUUUAUUAAUAAA